AUGUCUUCAAUCGCAUCUCCACCACCUCCACAAACACCUUACACCCCUUCACCACUCACCGCAUCCACCUCAACUACCGCUUCCGAACAUCGAUAUACUCCCGCUUCACCCAUGCCAUCACCAGCAGCUGGACCCAGCAGUGCCAGUGGGUCUUCAAAAUGGAAGAGCGUCUUCAAGAUUGGACGUACAGGCGCGAGCAUAGGCAAAGGAAAGGAAAAUAGAACUGCUUUAUCUGUAGAAGCGGAGACAAUUCAUUUGGGCGAGCCUUUACCUCUCCCUAGCAACACAGCUUCUUCCUUCCCACCCCGCGUACCUCAGAUACGUUCUCAUACCGAUCCAUAUCCACCUACUCAUUCUGGUAAUCUCAUCGAAGAAGUAAAUUCGAUUGUCAGUAAAAUUCCUUCGCAGGAUAUCGACCAUAGCGGUGCAGUAUCAAAUGAUAGCUUCCACGUAAAUUUGGUAGAUUCAAACGUGAAUACACCUACAUCAGAAGAACAGAGUCGACCUUUCUCAUCGGUAACGAACGAUUCUGGAUUCACAGCGGACAACUCUUCUAGAUCAUCCGGUUCUCGCAAUCAUGCUAUCACCACACCCUUCGGUAAUCCCAAUUCUGCCUCCCCAGUGAAACCCCCUAGUCACGGAGUAGGACUGGGUGGGUUCAAAUCGCGUUUUUUCUCUGCCCCACAUCCACACCCAAUAGAUACUGACAGUCCAAACGCGAAGGGCAAAUUAUCAAAAUCAGAUAAAUAUAAAGGAUUAGGUAAAGAGAAUGGGACAGCUACUCAAAUGUAUGGGCAUAAGAAAUCAGUUGGAUCAUCUAGUAUAUCGUCCUCGAAUAACGGUAGAUCACCUUCAACUUCCACAUCCCCUAAGACACCCAAUAAGAACAAUACGUCGAAACGCGAUACUUCAAGUGGAUUUACCACUCCGUCCGAUUCUAGUGGAUUGACACCUAGUAAAUCUGGAUCAGCAACGGCACGUUUCCUAAGGAGAGUGGUUUCGGCACCUAAUACGAAAGCACUUUUCUCACCUAAUAAUCUAUUUCAAAACGCCCCCGAUGUCCCACCUCUACCUACCAGUAACAAUACAAAACAACAGCAACAACAGCAACAACCGAUAUCGCCUGUUGUGGUUGUGGGAAAUGGUGAGAUAGAUUUAACAUCCUCACCGCCUAGCGAACAGUAUACAGCAGCAAGUCCUUUCACGACUCCAACCACAAUCGCGAACGCGACAAAUGGGAUCAGCCUGACACCUUCAGUACAUCAAGGAGGAUUAUCAGCGACUGGAACGAGAUCGGCCAGAGCUCAUACGACGUCCGCUGCUCAAUCCAAGAACAUAAGGGAAUCGCAAGCUCAAUUGGGAGCUGGUGGUAGUCCAGGUAGUCCGGGUGAAGCUCAUCAUAAGCAGGUGUUCAGAAGGACGUAUAGUAGCAAUUCCAUCAAAACCAGAUCGGUGGAAGUUACUCCCUCUUCGUUUCAGAAGAUCAAAUUGUUAGGUAAAGGAGAUGUAGGAAAAGUGUAUUUGGUAAGAGAGAAGAAGACCGAUAAAUUAUUCGCUAUGAAAGUAUUAUCGAAAAAAGAAAUGAUCAAGCGAAAUAAGAUUAAAAGGGCAUUAGCAGAACAGGAAAUAUUAGCUACGGCGAAUCAUCCAUUCAUCGUCACGCUAUUCCACUCUUUUCAAUCUCAAGAUUACCUUUUCUUCGUUCUUGAUUAUUGUAUGGGAGGGGAGUUCUUCCGUGCGCUCCAGACUAGACCUGGGAAAUGUCUGUCCGAAGAACAUGCCAAGUUCUAUGCUGCUGAAGUGACGGCUGCUUUGGAGUAUCUGCAUCUGAAUGGGUAUAUCUAUAGGGAUCUGAAACCUGAGAACAUACUGCUGCAUCAAUCCGGUCAUAUCAUGUUAUCAGAUUUCGACUUGUCCAAGCAGUCGGGAGAAGCUGGUGGUGCACCUGCGGGUAUCAAGCACGGUGGUCCUAACGGCAUGAUAUUGGUGGAUACUAGAUCGUGUAUCGCCGACUUUAGGACUAACUCAUUUGUAGGAACAGAAGAAUACAUCGCCCCGGAAGUGAUCAAGGGUCAUUCACACUCUUCGGCUGUAGAUUGGUGGACAUUAGGUAUUUUGGUUUAUGAGAUGAUCUUCGCUACUACACCUUUCAAAGGCCCUGAUAGAAAUGCGACAUUCGCAAAUGUGAUGAAAAAUGAUGUUUGGUAUCCCGAGAAUCCAGCUGUCACAAGCUUCUGUAAAUCGUUCAUUCGAAAAUUACUCAUAAAAGAUGAAAACAAAAGGUUAGGGUCAAGCUCAGGUGCGAGUGAAGUGAAAUCGCAUAAAUGGUUUGGGUCGGUCAAUUGGGGUUUGUUAAGGAAUAUGACUCCUCCUAUCAUUCCCGCCGAAUCAAAUGGUAUUGAUGCUAUAAACUUUAGGACGUUGAGGGAAAGCAAGAGUGUGGACUUUGAUAGGGAUGACGGGGACGUCAUUCAUGCCAAAGCCGGUAAUCCAUCCGUGUUAGGUAAUUCCACACCGGGUAUGUUGACUCCUAAGGAAAUCACUAUCAACGCCGAGACGCCCUCGUCAAGCAUCAGUGGCGGUGGAGGUGGAGGAGGUAACAACACGAAUGGCGGUGGUGCGGGUGGAAACUCGAGGGAUAAAGAAAAGAACCCAUUUGAAGAGUUCAGUAGUGUUACGAGACAUGUUGGGGAGUGGUAA